AUGGUCAGCAGUCUACAGGAUGCUGGCAAUACUAAAAAUUUCUGGGCUUUAGAAAUGAUAGAUGCAAGCGCCAAACCCGGACCAUCCAUACUUAGAGGCAACUCCAAAUUUAUGGGCAACUACCAGCAAUGUGCAAAGAUCAGCCGCCAGGACCCUUCCUGGAUUCUUACAGAGAUACGCGGCCAUAUGUUGAAUAUAACCCAAGUUUACAUGAUGUGCCCAGCAGAUCUGGACAUCUCGGAAGACACUGCCGCCAUUGUUGCUAUAGUCAUCCUCUCAAUAUUUGGCCUCCUAGCGGUAGUCGGCACCUUCAUGGAUUUAUACGUGAGGUUUAAAAAAUCUGAUAAGACCCCUUAUGCUGUUAUGGAUAUAUCAGCUAAAAACGGUACUGUCAACUCCGGAUUUGAAACUCAAGAAACGAAACUAAACGGUAACCUGGAAAACAGCAACUCUCAAAUGACGGAACAAACCGCGAAAGUAACGAUCAACCCUUUGAGUGAACCUCAGUUGAUAACCCCCGGGCUGAAUGGGAAUCUUCAGACAAAUGGGGAAAUCGCAUGGACAACAAAGACGAGUUUGCCUGAUUUUAGGAACCACCACGUAAAUGGGUCGAUGAAAAAUGUUGACUCAACCCAGGGGAAAGGAGAAAACACCGGAACCCAACCAAAGAAAGUGGAUGAUACAGAUGGACUGCGUGUGUGGCAGAAAGCUCUUUUGGCGUUCUCUGUCCCGAGAAAUACUGGCAGGAUCCUGAGCACUCGAGCUGGGCACGGGAACAUCGGCUGUCUACAUGGCAUCCGGGUCCUGAGUCUGGCCUGGGUGAUCCUGGGACACGUCAUCAUGACGUUAGGGUUUGGCGGAACGUUUGUAAACACGCUGGACGUUUUUGCGCUGGAGACGACUCUACCAUUCCAGCUCAUUCUGAACGCUCCACUCGCGGUGGACACAUUCUUUUUCAUGAGCGGCUUUCUGACAGCCUACCUCUUCAUGAAGGAAUGUGGCCCCAAGAUGAUGGUGAAAGGCAAGACUAUGAUCCUCUAUUACGUGCACAGAUAUUGGCGGCUGACCCCACCAAUGAUGAUCUGGCUAAUGAUAGUGGCCACUCUUAUCCAAUAUAUCGGAGAGGGACGCCCGGCUUGGAAUGAUUACCAGACUGCUCAAUCCUGCCGGGACAAUUGGUGGGUGAACCUGCUCUACAUCAACAGCGUAUACCCCGACGCACUGGGGUGCAUUGGAGUUACCUGGUUCUUAUCCAACGACAUGAUGUACUAUAUCAUCGCCCCUCUCGUUCUCGUUCCCCUAGUGUACAGGCUGCGUGCGAUGGGCCUUCUCAUGGCGAUUUUGCUUAUUGGUAUCCAUCUGGGCUGUAACAUCUGGCUGAUCGUCAAGUACAACUUUGAUCUGAUACGACGUCAACCUGAAUAUUCAGACAAGCUGUACUUCAAACCGUACACUCGGGUUGCACCUUUCGCUAUUGGACUCAUCUUUGGUUAUAUACUUUACAAAGCGAAGGGCAAAGUGCAGAUGAACAAGGUCGUAGUGGUGCUGGGAUGGCUGGUGGCCAUUGGCCUCACGGCGACCAUCACCCUGGUGACCUAUGACGAGAACAACGACAUGGCGACUAUCAUGGAGGGCUGGCCAAUGGCGGGGCGUCUCAUUCACGAGACGUUCUCUCGUCCUGUCUGGGCCCUGAUCAUUGGCUGGAUCGUCUUGGCAUGCUCUUCAGGUUACGGAGGUUUCCUCCCUCUGUCCCGUCUCAGCUAUGGCGCCUACCUCGUCCAUUUGACAAUUAUCAACUUCGAAGUUCAAGCUCGCCAGGACAACACUAUUUUUACCAUAGACCUACUGAUCUACCACUACUUUGGUUUCUACGUGAUGUCGUACGCGGUGGGCUACCUCCUGUCUGUGUUCGUGGAGAUGCCUCUGUUGGGUCUGGAGAGAGCAGUCCUUAAACGUUAG